AUGGGCGACGGGUGGCUGCCGCCGGACUGCGGCCCCCACAACCGCUCCGGCCCCGGCCCCGGCGGCGGCCCCGGCGGCGGGGCGACGGCGACGGCGCCGCCCCCCCCCGGGAGCCGGCAGCUGCCCGGCGAGCUGCUCUCGCAGCAGUGGGCCGUGGGCAUGAGCCUGCUGAUGGCCCUGGUGGUGCUGCUCAUCGUGGCGGGCAACGUGCUGGUGAUCGCGGCCAUCGGGCGCACGCAGCGGCUGCAGACCCUCACCAACCUCUUCAUCACCUCCCUGGCCUGCGCCGACCUGGUGAUGGGGCUGCUGGUGGUGCCCUUUGGGGCCACGCUGGUGGUGCGGGGCACCUGGCUCUGGGGCUCCUUCCUCUGCGAGUGCUGGACCUCGCUGGACGUGCUGUGCGUGACCGCCAGCAUCGAGACCUUGUGCGUCAUCGCCAUCGACCGCUACCUGGCCAUCACCUCGCCUUUCCGCUACCAGAGCCUCAUGACCAAGGGUCGGGCCAAGGGCAUCAUCUGCACCGUCUGGGCCAUCUCUGCCCUGGUCUCCUUCCUGCCCAUCAUGAUGCACUGGUGGCGGGACGAGGACCCCCAGGCGCUGGAGUGCUACCAGGACCCAGGCUGCUGCGACUUCGUUACCAACAGGGCUUAUGCCAUCGCCUCCUCCAUCAUUUCCUUCUAUAUCCCCCUACUCAUAAUGAUCUUUGUGUACAUCCGGGUGUACAGAGAAGCCAAGGAGCAGAUCAGGAAGAUUGACAAGUGUGAGGGCCGCUUCUAUGGAAGCCAAGAGCAGCAGCCGCCGCCCCCGCACCCUCACCACCACCAGCAGCCCAUCCUCGGCAACGGCCGAGCCAGCAAGCGGAAGACCUCCCGGAUCAUGGCCAUGAAGGAGCAGAAAGCUCUGAAGACUUUGGGCAUCAUCAUGGGGGUCUUCACCCUCUGCUGGCUCCCUUUCUUCCUGGUGAACAUCGUCAACGUCUUCAACAGGGACCUGGUGCCAGACUGGCUCUUCGUCUUCUUCAACUGGCUGGGCUACGCCAACUCCGCUUUCAACCCCAUCAUCUACUGCCGCAGCCCCGACUUCCGCAAGGCCUUCAAGCGGCUGCUGUGCUGCCCCCGGAGAGCCGGCCGGAGGCUGCGUGCCGGCAGCGGGGAGCUCUCCCGGCUCCCGGGGGGCUUCGUCAGCACGUUGGGUUCCCCCGAGCGCGGCCUCGGCGGCAUCUGGUCCGAUUGCAAUGGGGGCGCGCAGGGAGGCAGUGAAUCCAGCCUGGAGGAGAGAAAUAGCAAAACUUCCAAUUCGGAGUCCAAGGUAUAGGGCGGGCGCUGGGGGCGCGGGGCGAGGGGGCGCGGGGGCGCCUCGGCCGAGCGGCAGCAGCACGGCAGCCAGGGAAAUCAGUCCGGGCAGAAACACCCCGGCAGGAGCUUGGUCACAAGACCAAUGCCCAACAAAAGUGCACUCUGCCUUGCUGGGGAGAGAAACCCAUGUUUACUUAUGCAUAAAAGCAGGUGAACUUGCAUCCGACAUACCUCAUCUGAAGCUAAAGCACGCAGGAACCCCACUGACCAGAGAACAACAAAAACAAGCACCAGACCCACAUAUAAUCAGAUCAUACUUAGUUUUGAAAGAGACUUAGAUAUGGGUGGGCUGGAAAAAACUUCUGGAAGGGAAUGUGAAAAUCCCCCUCCCAGGUUAAGUUUUCUCAGAGCCGUGGCAGUGGCUGGACCUGAGACCUGAGACAGGACCAUUGCAGCACCGGAGUUUGGCCAUUGACUUUGAUAUUAGGCAGCAUCAAAGCUGCUUGGGACUCUCAGAUGUCCCGGGUUUUAUUUCUGAGGGCUGCAGGGGUAGCGUCUCACGCACAGGAAGGUCGGCUGAUUUUUGGCAAAGCGUAGGCUUCCUAAAAACCCAGAGAAAUCGCUGGGAACUGCAGGUGCGCUGGGCUGCUCCAAAUCAGGCUAGCAGUAUUUCUCCUCUGGCAAGUUUUGUUUUGAACUGUUAGUAGCUGCACUCUGCUGUUACCCAGCCUAGAAGCAGAGAAAAAAUUAAUAACGAGGAACACAGAUAUAUUUUGAAAGGAGAGGAAAAAAACCCUCUCUGCUUUUUCCCUCCUCCGCAGCAGCCGGUGAAUUAUUGUCCUUAUCUUCUUUGGCCAGACAAUAGCAGUCAGGCUGAGAAACUUCUACCUCAAACUGUGCAUAUUGCACAGGGGAAUAAAUGAAGCAUGUUUAUAUUAAACAGCUUAUUUAUGUAUCACUAGUAGUAUUUUAUAAAAAAAAAGGGGGGGCAACAAGCCUUCUGCAGUUUGUUCAUUGUAAUUAUAGAUGAACAGGAAAAAAAAUCCUGGCAACAACAAAAAUAUACUGCACAUGUAAAAAGAAAUGGCGACAAAGCCAUUUUUGCACAGUGUUAAGAAUUUUAAGGUUAUCUGAAGAUGUUACUUGCACACACAUACACACAACAAAUUAAAAGUGAAACAGAGGUUUAAAUAACAUCAGACCUGAAGCUGAUUUCUGUUUUUGUCUAAUCUAUUAUAGUUUUACUGAGAGAGUGACUUUUUAUAUUAUUUUAUUAAGGUACUGUAAAUAUAUCCAUAUUAUAAAUUAAAAUAUCUUAAGGGACUUUUAUUAUUUUUAUCUCCAAGUGCCCACGUGAACUGCUGUUAUUUUAGCACUUGUGUGUCAUUUCCAGUUUCCUCUGUGUGUGUUUUAUAACAUAUUUAUACUCUGGUGCAGUUUACUACUGUGUAAGUAAUUGGUCUAUGUGCAAUAAAUACCAUUGCAGCACAA